UUAAUGUAUGACCGUGUUUACAGUGCGCAGUGCUAACUAACCCAGUCAGCAGAAUAAACCAGCUGGAUGAGUGUUCAGAGGUGACACUUAUGACAAGAAUCCGCUGAGGAGACCUGAAGGGAACCGACGCCACGCGACGCGUCAUCAACGCGUGGAAAAGUGCCAAGGCGAGACAGACAGGUGAGCGUCAGUGAGAGCACCGCGCAACGCGAUCAUGGGGCGCUACAGCGGCAAGACGUGCCGCCUGAUCCUGAUGCUGGUCAUCACCGUCAUCUUCUUCGUGGCGGAGAUCGUGGCGGGGUACAUGGGCAACUCCAUCGCGCUGGUGUCGGACUCGUUCAACAUGCUGUCGGACAUUCUGUCGCUGUGCGUCGGGCUGACGGCGGCGCGGGUGUCGCGUCGCGCGGGCUCGGGGCGCUUCACGUACGGCAUGGGCCGCGCGGAGGUGGUGGGCGCGCUGGCUAACGCCGUGUUCCUCGCCGCGCUCUGCUUCUCUGUGUCCAUGGAGUCGCUGAAGAGGCUCGCCAUGCCGCAGGCCAUCGAUGACCCGCCGCUGGUGCUGAUCGUGGGCUCGCUGGGGCUCACGGUGAACGUGCUCGGGCUGCUGAUCUUCCAGGACUGCAGCCGCUGCCUGCGCGCGACGCGACGGAACGACGCGCCUGUGCCGCGCGACGCGGAGGAGGAAGAAGCAGGCCUGCAGGAGAAGAAGGCUGGGAGCGACGGGCCUCCUCUGAACAUCCGGGGCGUGCUGCUGCAUGUGUUGAAUGACGCGCUGGGCUCGGUGGUGGUGGUGGUGGCCUCGGCUCUGUUCUACGUGUGGCCCCUGGCCCCUGAGAGCCCGUGUAACUGGCAGUGUUACGUGGACCCCAGUCUGACGCUGGUCAUGGUGGUCAUCAUCAUGUUGUCAGCUGCUCCUCUGGUCAAAGAAACGGCUGGGAUCCUGCUGCAGAUGAGUCCCCCUGAUCUGCCGCUCACCGCAGUCUUGGAGAGCGUGUGCAAACUCCCCGGCGUGGCGAGCGUUCACGAGGCUCAUGUCUGGGAGUUAUCUAAAGGACAGAACGUGGCCUCACUGCACGUCAAAGUGUCUGCUGACCUGCAGGACCCGGCUCUUCAGACGCAGAUCCAGCAGCUGUUCCACCGCGCCGGCGUCCACAGCGUCACGGUUCAGCUGGAGCGCGCCAACGGAGAGAUGCCCUGCUGUCCUCCUGCCUCCAGAGACGUGACCGAGAAACAGAAGCAAAUAUCAGCCAAACACACCGAGAGCACCAAGUUCUGAAGCGGUUUCUCGACCCGGCCGGUUCCCAUGAUAAUGCACAGAACAAACAGACCUCGUGUUUAAUUCCUCCUCACGACUGUGCCUCGCUGCCCUUUCAGACUCCAGCUAAUGAUUCCUAGUAAUUGUGCUUCGUUAGUUUGAGACGGUGCCUGACGGAAUCCGGAUCAUCAGUCUAAUUAAUCAGCAGCUUAUUUAUUGCUCUGAAUAAUGAAGCCCGUCCAGCUCAUAUUUCAGCCCAAAACAACAGGAUAAAAACACAUAAUCAAGCCAAAGUCUCAUGAGUGUGUAAAGAAUGCAAACAUAAUGAUAGUAUUUGCCGUAGUGCCUCUAAUGCUUAUGCUGAUAUAUGUAAUAAAUAAUAAUCUGUAUUACAGUAAUAUGCAAUUAUUGUUUCAAAAAUAUUUUUUCGUUUCUUUUGAUUUUGGGGUGAAAUUCGACCUGGACAUGGUUUCAUGAGAUUCGUUCCAAUAGCAUAUUUACAUUCCGUAUUGUUAUUUAUGACCUUUUGCUCUUAAUAAUCUUUAUAACUUCUUGGUAAUUCAGGGAAACACAUAGAAUUAACUGAUAUUUAGUUGUUGUUGUGGUGUGAGAGUGUGUGUCUUUGUGUGAGUGUGUAUUUGAAAGACAAUCAAAUGUACUUUAAAACUGUAUACACUAAUAUUAAACAUUUUGGUUGAAAUCAAAUUUAGCCUUUCUAAGGAAACAGAUUUGAAUGGAUGUGAACAGUGAACUGCUCUGUUUAUU